CUUCUGAUUGCUGUUCAGAUAUUGUACAGAUCAGCUCUGUCUGCUAGCUGCUCACUCACUCACACACAAACUCACAGCUCCGUUUCAUUCACAGGCCUGCUCAGUUGUGAACAUGACGCCGUUUUUAACGGGUUUUAUUUAUUUGGCGCUUUUGUGUAGUAGGAUACGCUGUGAUAAUGACACAGAAGAGGAUGAGCACGCCAAACACACAUACACGGUGGAGAUGUUCAAUGAUGCCGUCUCUACUGCUCCACACUUCGUCAUGUUCUUCGCGCCCUGGUGUGGUCACUGUCAGAGGCUGCAGGGGACGUGGAACGAACUGGCAGAUAAAUAUAACAACAUGGAAGCUCCUCCAGUGUAUGUUGUUAAAGUCGACUGCACAAAGGACACAAAGUUUUGUUCCAGUGAACAUGGGAUCCGUGGAUACCCAACUCUGAAGUUGUUUAAACCUGAUCAGGAGGCUGUAAAGUAUCAGGGUCCGAGAGACUUGCAGGCCCUGGAGAGCUGGAUGCUGAAAACCCUGCAGGAGGAACCUGAAGAACCCCAGACUGAACCUGAGCCUCCCAAAGUCCCUGAACCCAAACAGGGCCUGUAUGAACUCACAGCCACAAACUUCAAAUCACACAUCGCUAAAGGUUCUCACUUUGUGAAGUUUUAUGCACCGUGGUGUGGGCACUGCAAAGCCAUGGCUUCAACAUGGGAACAGCUCGCCACCAGCUUUGAGCAUUCAGACAGCAUCAAGAUCGGCAAGGUGGAUUGCACACAGCACUAUGAGGUGUGUUCAGAUAAUCAGGUUCGUGGUUAUCCCACGCUACUUUUCUUCACUGAUGGAGAGAAGGUCGAUCAGUACAGAGGAAAGCGUGAUCUGGACUCAUUUAAAGAGUUCGUUGAUAAUCACUUGAAAGCUGCUGAAUCUAAAGAUGAACCUGCGAACGAGGAGGAGCACGCUCACGAAAUCCCACCUAGCGCUGAACCUGAAAAACAAGAGUCUAAUGUUCUGGUCUUGACUGAGAGCAACUUUGACGAGACUGUUGCCAAAGGACUCUCCUUCAUCAAGUUCUAUGCCCCAUGGUGUGGUCACUGCAAGAACCUGGCCCCUACCUGGGAGGAUCUAUCUAAAAAGGAGUUUCCUGGUCUGACUGAUGUGAAGAUUGCUAAAGUGGACUGCACCGUGGAGAGAACUCUCUGCAACAGAUACUCUGUUCGCGGAUACCCAACUCUCCUGAUGUUCCGGGCGGGGCAACAGGGGGAGGAGCAUAAUGGAGGACGGGACUUGGAGAGCUUGCACAGUUUUGUCAUGAAGCAAGCAAGAGAUGAGCUGUAACUCCUCCCUCAUUUUCCAUCUGACAACACAUCCUUCACAAAGCAACACUAUCUACAUUUACCAUAAUGUCAAACGGACUGCUUUUUCUUAAUUUCUGUCUCUCAUCUGCUGAAGUGAGGACAGUCUUUUCCACAUGAUAAAAUGUGAAUGUACAUGAUUUCAUCUUGACCAGUUGAUGAGAUUAUUAGCGAUUACAACCACAGGCUUUUUGAUUUUUUUCCCCUUUCUCCCGUAAAAAAAAAAAAAAAAACAGCUGUAUAAUUGAAAGAAAAUUACACUUCAGUUAAGAGCAUUACAUCAUUUAAAGGUGCAUAUUUUGUAAGUGUCAGUUAUAUUUGAGGAAAUUCAGCUUAGUUUGCCAUCAGCUAAGAAAUAUUACCUCAGGGAGACCAUGUACCAUUUAAAGAAAACAUUGACAUGUACCUGCUGUAACUUUUUUUCCCUUUUUUUUUUUCUUCAUUCAUUGUAGAAUAUUAUAAGAUACACAUUUGCAAACAGCACUUUGACCAUCUACGUGGUUUUUCUGUUAAAGUUUCAAAUGUUUCUGUUGUGGUCUUGGGUUCUGAAUUGGUUGUAUUGUUCAGAGGAUUAAAAAAAUCAUAAAAUACACCAGACUAAGAUAGUUUGUUAGCCAGACUGGGAGACCUGCUUAAACCAGCCAAGACCAAGAUUAGCUGGUUCAGAUGGUUGGCCAUAAUUAUCAAACCAGGCCAGUCUUAACCAGCUUGAUUUAUUUAGGUUAAUUUGUCUUGUAAAUCUUCUUAAUGUUCUUAUAGGCACAUGAAUGGGCUAGAUACAUUUAGACAUAUCCCCAGUAUUGCCGUUAUAUAAUCUCUCUUAACACUCAGUGAAUUAAAACAAUGCAAAAUAGAUAAUGUUUGCUGUAUAGUGACAGUUUAUGGAAAUAUGGUUUACUUUGAAUUACAGUUAGAGGUUUGCGAAAGGUUAAAGAAGUUAUGGUACAGUAAUUUUGUUCUUUUUUCUUAUUCUAAAGUUGUGGCUUUUUCUUUUUCCCCAUGUCAUUAUUCCUUUGAUUAGAUUUGUCUUUUUAGACUCUCCGUUUGUUUUUGUUUUUUUCCUCCCUUUUUCUGUAAAUGCGGUCUUGAUGGGUUUCACGUGUAGUCAAGCACUUUUAAUAUUAUUAGUGAACUGCUUAAAACACUUUGUGAUGGUGAAAA